AUGGAUGACAAAGAGACCAAGCCGGAGCUCUUCAGCGUCUCGUGUGCAGAGAGAGAACAGGAAAAGCAACAGCAGAAGACCCGUGCAGGGCGCGUCUUCGAGCGCUACGUGCAGCCGUGCCUGGCCGAGCUUCUGGGCUCUACCCUCUUCAUCUUCGCCGGAUGCGUCUCUGUCGUCAGCAACGCUGGCGUGCCAGGCACCAUGCAGCCAGCGCUGGCACACGGACUGGCACUGGCUAUUGUCAUCGCGGUGUUCGGGGAGAUCAGUGGGGGUCACUUUAACCCGGCCGUGUCUGUGUGUGUUUACCUCACCGGAGGGAUGGAGCUGAUCCUCCUUCUUCCGUAUGUUCUUGCCCAAAUGUUUGGUGGGAUGAUUGGGGCCGGUCUUGUGAAAGUUAUCUCCCCAUCCAUCGAAUAUAACAAUGUAUCUGGAGCUGCAUUCAGUGCAGUCAAGUCUACUGAGGACAUUGGAGCGGUUACAGUGUCUGAGGUGGUGAUGACUCUCUUCCUGACCAUGGUCGUCAGCAUGGCUGCUGUGAAUGGGAAGACCCGCAGUCAGUUCGCGCCCUUCUGCAUUGGACUUACAGUUACAGCAAACAUCCUAGCUGGUGGUAUGAUCUCUGGAGCCUGCAUGAAUCCUGCCCGAGCGUUUGGGCCAGCAGUGGUGGCUAGUUACUGGGAUUACCACUGGGUCUACUGGGUUGGCCCGCUCGCUGGUGCAAUGCUGACUGUCAGCAUUGUCAGGUUUCUGCUUGGAGAUGAGAAGACCCGCAUUAUAAUGAAGUAA